UCUAGGAUGGAUUCAACGUGCUCGGGUCCUUCGCGAGAUUGAACGCACGCGACACGCCAGCUCUGACAGCGUGACAGGCUUUAGAACAGACCUGAUGCUCUGAUCUGAUGCGCGCGCAGGGACACAGCGCAGCAUCAGCACCAGCGUCAGCAGCUCGUGCGCACGACUGGACCCGCUCACUUUCUUUUAUCUGUUUUUAUUUAAUUAUCCUUAUUGUCUCUUCCAUGGGUUGUGGUGGAAGCAGGAGCGAUGCAAUCGAGCCCAGACGCCAUGAGAGCUGGACCAGAGAGACCGAGUCGACAUGGCUCACCAGCACCGACGCCGACUGUCCUAACAACAGCAUCAGUAAAGGUGUGGAAGUACGAUCUUCUGUCUCGUCUAAGGACAAAAGAAUGGUUAACACAGGCAUACAGUGUGGAAAAGCACCCUUAACCUCUAGCACAUGUACAAAUCAACAGAGAAGCCAGCAGAUGAAACUGGAGAGCGUCCAAGAAAGCGACCGUUCCCUCAAAUGAUGCCUGGUGAAGUGGUGACGCAGCCUGAAACCCAG